GGGCUUUUCCUCUCCAUGUACCUGGUCACUGUGUUUGGAAACCUGCUCAUCAUCCUGGCCGUCAGCUCAGACUCCCACCUUCACACACCCAUGUACUUCUUCCUCUGCAACCUAUCCUUUGUAGACAUCUGUUUCACCUCCACCACCAUUCCAAAGAUGCUGGUCAACAUCCAGACACAGAGCAGAGUCAUCACCUAUGAAGGCUGCAUAACCCAGAUGUAUUUUUUCAUAGUUUUUGCUGGCUUAGACAACUUUAUUCUGACUGUGAUGGCCUAUGACCGGUUUGUGGCCAUCUGCCACCCCCUGCACUACAUGGUCAUCAUGAACCCGAGGCUCUGUGGACUGCUGGUUCUGGUUUCUUGGAUCCUGAGUGUCUUGAAUUCCUUGGUAGAAAGCUUAAUGGUGUUGAGGUUGUCCUUCUGCUCAGAGUUUGAAAUUCCCCACUUUUUCUGUGAAUUCAAUCAGGUUCUCCAACUUACCUGUUCUGACACCUUUCUUAUCGACAUGAUCAUGUAUUUUACAGCUGCACUGCUAGGUGGUGGUUCCCUUGCUGGGAUCCUUUACUCUUACUCUAAGAUACUUUCCUCCAUAUGUGGAAUCCCAUCAGCUCAGGGGAAGUACAAAGCAUUUUCUACCUGUGCAUCUCACCUCUCAGUUGUCUCCUUAUUUUAUGGUACACUCCUAGGAGUAUACUUCAGCUCAGCUGCUUCCUGGAGCUCUCACUCAAGUGCAGCAGCAUCGGUGAUGUACACCGUGCUCACACCCAUGCUGAACCCCUUCAUCUACAGUCUGAGGAACAAGGACAUAAAGAGGGCCCUGGAAAGAUUCUGUGGCAGGUAA